AACGUGUAUUUUAAGUCUUGUGCUUAACAGUCGAAUGUCCGAUAGUAAUUGAACGCAGCAUAGUCUGAUUUUGAAAUUUAGCAGAAAAUGUGUAUAUAAUGUAUAUGCUUGUUUAUGGAUAUUUAUCUAGAUAAAUGAUUAUUUCAUAAAUAUAAAUAAUAUUUAAGACAAUAUCACAAAUGUCAAACUAGAAAAAAAAAAAAAAAAGAAAAAAAAAAAGGCAGUGACCUCCUGAACCUGUGGGCUUGAACCGUGCUCGUGAUUUUGAAUGCGGCGAGAGAAGAUUCAUGAUAGUUUGAUUCUGGCAGAGAUAGCAGUCAAAUUUUCAGUGUGUAUUUACCAGGAUGUCGGACACUGAGACUAUUAAGAAAAUGUUGCGGUCUGUACUUCAGUCCAGCAAGACCGGCGUGUCUAUUAACAGCCUCCAGUCAGAGUACCGGUCACUGUGCGGAGAGAGCAUCCCGCUGAAAAAGCUGGGCUACUCAAAACUGGAGGAUUAUCUCAUAAGUAUCCCCUCUGUGGUACGGUUAGAGUACCGCAUGGGUGAGCUAAAAUGCUUUGCUGCAGUCUGUCAAGAGACGGCCCACAUUGCUGAGCUGGUGGCCAGGCAGAAGAGUUCCAAGAAAUCUGGUCGCUCCCAAGUGGUCAACUGCAGGAUGAGAUUCAAACCUUCCAACCCCUACAUGCUCAACAUGAGGCCAAGGUCAUCUCUCCGCCAGCCCUCACCUGCUGAUGCCUCUAACAAGCCAGCAAACCGUUAUCGGCCCCAUGGUGGCUACAGAGGCUUCAGUGCAUCAGGAGACUACAGGCAGCUGGACCAGAGGUUAAGCUCCAUCACACCUGUUGAACACAGACAUCCGGCUCCUCAACCAGCUGUGAAGCAGUGUGUGAUGCCUGACAGGAAAGAGAAGAACUGUCAGAAGCCUAGAGAGAAGCCUCCUGAACAAGUCUCCAGACCCAACCAAUCCCAGUCUAGCCUGUAUGAUGUGGGGCUGGUGCAGAGCAGAAUAACUCAGCUUCUGGCGAAGUACUGCAGUGGACUGUGGAUUUCGAAAAUAUCAGGGAUCUACUUUGAAAUGUUCAAUCAGAAGCUCCACCCGCAGGUGCUCAUAGACCUGGAAAAGUGGACAGACGUCUGUAUGGUGGAGAAAUCACCCUGCACCAACCGAGCUGACCAGCUGGUCUACCCUCCUCUGCCUCCCAAGCCCUCUCUUCUUCCUGAAAGUAACACCAAAAAGUCCCCACCAACAUCACCCUCCAAUUCAAGCGCUAUCACCACACCAGUUUCACCUCGACCUUCGACACCUGAAGAAUUCUUUACUCCCUCCCUCUCUACCCCUGUUCCUAAACCUAGAGUUUCCCUGAAAAACCCUUUAGCUAAGCCCACUUUCCUUUUUCCUUCACAACCUGUUGCUGCCUCGGUCACAUUGCGCAGCCCCGUCCACAACCCAGCUCUCGCUCCCCAGCUGCCCCCAUGUGCCGAUCAUGCAGCCACUGCCUAUGGUGGAUGUAAAGAAAAUCAUAACUUGACAACAGCUACCCCCAACCAAAACACCAGGCCUUUAGCCCCUACCUGGACUCACCCUCCACUAGCCAGCGCUUCUGCAGUAGCUUCCUCCCUCCAACCAGGCCUUGACAUUUUACCCCUUUUGAAGGUCACUUUUUCCCCUACCUCUGAUUCUGCCCCUCUCUCAAAAGCUUCUGCUGUCACUGUGCCAGCUGAGGUGCGGCAGAGAAUAAAGGAGCUUCUGUCCAAGUACAGUCACGGUUUGUGGGCCCAUGCUUUGCCUAAACUGUUCCUAGACACAUACAAGACACCAUUCCCUGAACAUAUUCUGGACAACUUGUCUCUCUUGCUGGAUAUAUGCACCGUGGAGUACCCAUUGCCACAUGACAAGAAGAAGGCCAUCCUGUAUAACUCCAGCAGAACAGACAUGGAAGCCACAGACACCCAAGACAGCCAGCAGUGGAGAAGUCAUCUGCUCCCCUCUGGUCUUGAGGUCCUUGGGCCUGUGAUUCCUCCCUGUCUGGUUCUUCCCUCAGAGCAGUAUCCCUCUGUUCUGGUUACUGAUGUAAAGAGUAGCAACGCUGUCACUAUAAGGUAUGUGGGUGAAAACUACUCCAAUGCCCAGGAGGCCAUGGAGGACGCAAUGUGCUCUUUUUACAAUGACAGCUCCACCCACCAUCCUUUGUCUAACCCUGAUGUUGGUCAGCUGGUAGCAGUCAGAGGAGAGGAUGAAGAUGAGUUGGCCAGAGCUCAGGUCAUGGAGGUGAUGGCCCCCAACAAGGUCAAGGUGUACUAUGUUGACUAUGGCUUUUCUGUGGAGACAAGUGGGAAUAAUCUGCUGGAGCUGCACCAGGAUUUCCUCUGUCUGCCCUUCCAGGCUACCAAGGUCAGACUCGCAGGUUUAGAGACUUUCAGCUCCCAUCCACUGGUCCUGUCCUCACUGGACAAGUUGGCAGUGGGAAAGAUCCUACUAAUGGAGACAUUAGAGCCAUGUCAACAGACUGAGAUGCCUGUGGCAGUGCUGUACGACACUUCCCAGGAUGAUGACAUCAACAUAAACUCCACCUGCCUCAAGACUCUGCAGGAUAAGUCCAUGAACAAUCCACUGACUGUAAGUGUUACCUACCGGGAUGUGUGUGUCACAAAUGUGUGUACAGAUGGCAUCAUCUACUGCCAGCUACCCUCCAGAGGAACAGCAAGACUCAGCAAGCUACUGGAAAAAACAGAAGCAUUCUUCAUCUCCCAGAUAACAUCUGAGUCUUUAGUGUCUAGACCCUUCAGUGGCAAGUUCUGUCUAGCCCGCUACAAAGGAAAGUGGUCCAGAGUUGAGAUCACCAACAUGUACAGCAACAGAGUGAUGGAGAUUCUCUUCAUUGACUUGGGUAUCCCAGCAACUGUAGAGGUGACUGAUCUCAGAGAGAUCCCCCCUGUUUUCCUCAAAGACUUCACCAUCAUCCCACCACAGGCUAUCAAAUGUCGUCUGGCUGACCUCAAAGUUCCAGAGGGAGACUGGAGCCCAGAGGCUGUUGUCUGGGUGAAGGAGGCUGUCCUGGGCUCUGAAGACUGUAAAAUGAAGAUCUUGAAAUUAGAUGAGCACAAAAGGGACCGGCUGGUCUAUAUGUACCUCUUCAUUGGUGCUGACAGCCAGGAACUAGACAAGAGCAUUAACUAUCAGCUGGCUCACUCAGAGUUAUGGCAGAAACUCAUAAUGCAGAACAACAACAACAACAACACAAUCGUCAGCAGUAACAGCAUUGUGGAUACAGGUCUCAGCGCUCUUGUGGAGAAGUUGACUCUGAGCAGCUCAGUCCAGAACCCCAUUGUUGAAGCCUCAGCCCAGCCUUGUCAGGGAGCAGAGGACUCGUCUGACCCAGAUGUGACCACCAAAACUGGGAAGCGGCCAAUUCCAAUGCCUCCCCCACUGGAGCUCCCUCAGCCUGGUCAGAACAUAGAUGUGUUUGUACCAGUGGCCUGCCACCCUGGUUACUUUGUGCUGCAGCCAUGGCAGGAUGUGCAUAAGCUGGUAGUGUUGAUGGGGGAGAUGAUUCUCUAUUAUAACCAGACGUGGAAGAACGACACGCCCCCAAACAUCCAGAAAGGAGAUGUCUGCGCUGCCAGAAUAGAAAAGAACUGGCACCGCGUUCAGGUGAAGGGGAUUCUGGCCAAUGGGUUGGUGUCUGUGUAUGAGCUGGACCAUGGCAAACAUGAGCUGGUCCUGAGUAAUUUCAUCAGGCCUCUGAUUGAGGAAUUCAGACAGCUGCCUUUCCAGGCUAUCACUGCACAACUGGCAGGUGUGACACAGCAGAGCUGGUCAGAGGAGGCCUCCAUGUUGUUCAGAAACCAUGUGGAGAAGCGAGCGCUGGUAGCCCAGGUGGAGAGCAUGCAGGAGAUCUCUGAGGCUAAAGGUGAACUGUGGGAGCGCAAGUUGACUGUUUACCUGGUGGACACGGAAACGCAGGACAAGGACCUUUGGAUUCACAGCAUCAUGGCUGACAUAGGCGGUGAGCUGUCUUCAGCUGCCUGGGAUGUCUCCUCAAGCACGGUGGGAAAUUAAUCAGCAAGCUGACUCUGACUGUAAAUGUAUGAAAGGUUUUUUUUCUUUUUCUAAAAAAUGUGAAAGUGCUCAGUGAACUUUAGAGUGUUUUCAGCAUUUUCUCCA